GAGAGUCGACAGUCAAGAAUCGAAACUGAGUUUUGGAUUUGGAGUAUAAUAAAAUAUGAUAAUUUAGGUUAGAAUUAGACCUGUGAAAGUGUAAAAGUGAAUAAGUAAAAAGUGAAUUCCAAAACAAAUAAUAUUUACUAGUAAGUGAAAUUCUUAAUUCAAAUAUUUAACAAAAAUUUAUCUUAGCUCGCCAUGAAAAAUACAGCGACUGUUCUUAAAAGAAUCAACUAUCCGACAACUCCUGUGCCGUUUGAACAAUAUCUUCCCUUGAAACUAAAAAACUACGUAUCUGGUAAAGGAGAAAAAUCUGAAUCACGGAAAUGUACUAAUGAAAUGUUUAUUCUACUUGGCUGUUUGAGGAAAAACGAAUUUGAAAAUAAAGAAUGUCUGAAGGAGGCCAAGCAGUUUCAAGAUUGUGUAAAUUUUUUUGCUGAAGAAAAAAAGAAGCACAUCGAACUAGUCAGGACUGGAUCUUUGACUCCUGGUGCCAAGAAACUAACCCAUAAGCAACUUAAUAUCCUACUAAAGAGAUACCCAAAUCCGCAAUGAAAAAUUGUAAUAUAUUGUUAGUGUUGUUUCUUCAUUAAAACAGAGGAUUAUUGUAGUAG